CACAGCCACCAUCUCCUCCUCCUCCUCCUCCUCCUCCUCUCUCCUUCCUCCUCUUCCUCUCUCAGCUCCCAGCACACGCUCACACUCCGUCCCUCUGAUGCCGACUGGAUGCAGACCGGGGGAUUUUCAGCAGCUUCCUGAGUCCUCCCUCUCAUUGCUCCGCUCCUGUUCCUCCUCUUCCUCAUCCUCCUUCAACGCACAGAGCUUCUCCUCUUCUGCCUCCUGUUUUCUCCUGCUCCUCACCACCAGGAUGUGGCACUCGGUGGCUCUGCUCCUCUCUGGCUUCUCUGCUUUGAUCCACGUGUCACUGCAGGGUCCUCACCAGAGGAACCUGUUGAAGAACCUGCUGAAGGACUACAACCGGAUGGAACGGCCGGUGGGCAACGACUCCCACCCUAUCACUGUGGUCUUCACCCUCAGUUUGAUACAGAUCAUGGACGUGGAUGAGAAGAACCAGGUGCUCACCACCAAUAUAUGGCUACGGAUGAGCUGGUUCGACCACUAUCUCCAGUGGAACCAGAGUGAACAUCCUGGAGUGAAAAAUCUCCGCUUCACCACAGAUCAGGUGUGGACACCAGACGUCCUGCUCUACAACAGUGCAGAUGACGACUUUGACUCCACCUUUAAGACCAAUGUUCUGGUGAACUCCAGUGGCUACGCAGAGUACCUGCCUCCAGGAAUCUUCAUGAGCACAUGCAACGUGGAUGUUCGCUGGUUCCCUUUUGACAUCCAGAGGUGUGAGCUAAAGUUCGGCUCUUGGACGUACGACGGCUGGCUGCUGGACCUCCAGAUGAAUGAAGCUGACAUCUCAGGCUACAUGCCCAAUGGAGAGUGGGAUCUAAUUGGAGUUCCUGGCACCAGGAACGAGGCCUUCUAUGAUUGCUGUAAGGAGCCUUACCCGGAUGUGACGUUUGUCGUGACAAUACGUCGACGGACGCUCUACUACGCCCUGAACCUGCUCAUCCCCUGUGUGUUGCUGUCUUCAAUGACCCUGCUCAUCUUUGUGCUACCAGCUGAUUCUGGGGAGAAGAUCUCACUGGGUAUCACCGUCUUGCUGUCUCUGACUGUUUUCAUGUUGCUGGUGGCAGAGAUCAUGCCGGCCACAUCUGACUCCGUCCCUCUAAUAGGUCAGUACUUUGCCAGUAUAAUGAUCAUCGUUGGGAUGUCAGUCAUCGCCACAGUGGUGGUCCUGCAGUAUCAUCACCACGAUCCAAACGGAGGAAACAUGCCCAAGUGGGUGCAGCUCGUCUUGCUGCAGUGGGUUGCAUGGUUCUUGCGUAUGAAGCGGCCAGGAGAGAACGAUGACCCAGAGCGGCCCCCGUGUGCGCCCCACUUGCGGCGAUGUUCGUCGGGCUCCCAGAGUGGCAGCAUCCCAAACCCUCCAGACCCAACCCUCCAUCCGCUGCACCCACAGAACUUGGCACCUCUCCAAACAGGGUCUCUUCAUGCGGGGCAUCCUCACCUCCAUACCCAGACCAGUGCAAACAACAAUGGGAACCUUCUUUACAUGGGCUUCCAGAGUAUGGAGGACCCCUCAAUGCUCUCAGAGCCUGUACAGAGGAACAACAUCUCCACAGGGCCUCAGAGAGUAGCAGGAAGCCCGCCUCCGCACCUGCCAUCUCAGUUCUGCAGCUCACCACCACCUCCUGCCUCCAAUUUAGAUACAGGCUGCCCCAGCACUGUUUCCAGCGGUGGGGGCUUCGGAGUGGGACAUGGAGGGCUUGGGGGAUGUUCAGCUGCAGGGAUGGGAGACCCCCAGCUGCAGGCUAUCCUGGAGGAGGUACGCUACAUGGCAGACCGUUUCCGGGAGCAGGACGAGGCCGAAAGCAUGGCUGACCAGUGGAAAUUUGCAGGCGCUGUGAUUGACCGCCUGUGUCUGGUGGCAUUCAGUGUUUUCAACAUCAUAUGCACCAUUUCCAUCCUCAUGUCUGCUCCCAACUUUGUGGAGGCUAUUUCAAAGGAUUUUGUUUGAAAAGAAAGAGGAAAAAGGAGCAGGAGAAAAGUGAAGGAGAAGGUAAAGGGAAUUAAAUAUUAGAUGAAGGAUAAAGUGGGCCUGGAUCCAAGAAAACACUAUUUUCAUCAGACUGCAGGCACUGUGAUUUGUGAUUGCAAGGAACAUGGAAAUAGAAAAAAAAAUCUAAUGGUUUUCUUUACAAUUCACUCUGUUUUGUAACUGAAAUAUUGGAAGAAAACAAAUGGGAAAGGUGGCACAGCGUGAGGUCAAAAUGAGAUGAGGGUGAGCAAGAUGCUUUAUUAGUUUCUUGACAAAGUGAAAUGGAUUCUUCCAAUUCAAAGAGUUCUCCCCAAAAAUUAGGAGAAAGAUGACUCAGAAGAGAAAACAGAAAGAGAUGAUUAUCCAUCUAAUGCAAGUAAGAAAACUCUUGAAGCAAUAGGUAGAUUGAGAGAGUAAGAAGGUAGAAGAGACAUGAGAUAGGGACAGAUAAAUAAGACAGACAUUUGGCUGUUUUAUUUUCCCCAGGAAGGAACACCGUCCUUCACUCCCACAUGUUCAGAAAAGACUGCAUCAUUUAAAGUGAUGUGAGGAGGUGAGUGCGGGGAGAAAAGAGAGACAGACUUCCAAGGACAGACAACUAAGAGUGGUCAGAAAGAACAAGACUUCAUCCCUCGUGACACUGGCAGAGUCAGGAGGAGUGAGCAGCCUGAUGUUUGGAUAUACAAAACUGAACCGGAGAUCAACAGAGAGGAACAGGAGAGGAUCUCAUUUAUUAUUCAAUCACAUCCAUCUAAUGACCGUCAAAUUGAAAGACCUUGGAUAAUCUUUAAGACUAAUAAGCUUUUAAAAGAUGAAGUCCCCUCUCUGCUCUCAAACUACUUUAAAUUUCCAGGGGCUUAUCUGUGAAGCGAUUGCCAAUCUGCAACAAUCAGCAGAGAUCAAAAGCUCCUCGGCAGCCGGCACAGUGAGCAAUUCUUAUCGCGACCGGGAAACUGAAUUAACCGGUCAUCAGCAACGCAGUGGCCGGUAGCUGCACCCCAGUGGAGGCUUGGAACCGAUAAUAACUCAUGAAGCAGUUACCUAACUGUAUCUGUCAGGUCCUGAUAGUUCAGUGACUCUCAUUGGGUUUCAUAUUAAAGGUUUAAAAACUGAAAUGGGAGGUCAGGCCUUUAAAGGAACUCGAGCCGCACAAAAAAAGGGAUAUGAUGAUUUAAAAUAUCUAAAAUGUAUAUGGAAAAGCCACAUUCCAUCAAAUUUCUGUCAGGUGCCGUCAGGGAUUUACAGCUUCACAAGUGAUUUCACAUCUAUCCAAAAUGAGCAAUGGGAUUUUAAUUAAGUGUAUUCAAAUUGACUCCUGUGGUAAUUCAAAAAGUUUAAAUUCAAAGAACAACCUUCGUCCAGAGAGCCUCUGUAGGAAAUGGUAACCAAUAAACAGAAUAUGUCUGAAAUUAGUCCGGUUUGAUUGAAUUGAACUUUUUCUGAUACUUUACCAAAAGUCAGACAACCAUAAAUGAUUU